AUGUCCUAUUUCGAUCAACCAAUUCAUACCACAGGCAAAUUGUGGACCAGACUGUCGGCUGAUGCACCAAAUGUGAAAUCUGCCAUUGAUUAUCGAAUAGGAAGCGUGUUUUCAAGUGUCGUAUCUUGUCCAUGUGGGGUGGUAUUGGUAUUUUACUACAAUUGGAGGAAGGCCAUCUUGGUGGUAUGUAUAUUUCCAUUAGGUGGAGUUGGAGACUUCUUUCACAUGAGGUUCAUCAGACGGCAGCGGUCAAAGGACGAUGAGAACGAAUGGGAGAACGUUGGAAAGGUAAGGUUUUUUAAUGAUUUGAAUAGGAAUUUGAAUAUCAGUAACAUAACAUGUGAUACGACUUACUAAAACGAUAAUUUUAGGUAGCAAUUGAAACAGUGGAGGAUAUCCGAACAGUACGAUCUCUUAUAUUGGAAGACAUGUUCUACCAGCAAUUCUGUGACCAUCUAGAGGGCCCUUUGAAAACGUUAAGAGUACGAGAUCGCUUUUUAGGUCUUUCCUAUGGUUUUGCCUCUUCUAUCUUCUACUUUCUCCACGCAGCUUCGUUCGGAUUUGGUGUUUAUCCUAUCAUCAACCAAGGGGAACAUCCGAUGCCCCUAAUCCCGAAAAUUUGCUGUGGGACGGGUUUAUAA